AUGCCACCAAAAAGGCCAUACUUUCAGCUAAUUGAUGGGGUUCCGAGACCCCCUGUCUUUGACCCGGUGGUGUUUAAGAGCGGUCUCAACUUGAAAUUCAAGGAAGGCGAUGUACUGCUGUCGACAUACCCAAAGAGUGGAACAAAGUGGCUCGUCUACAUAAUGCAACUUAUCCUCAAGGAAGGCAAGCCGAUAAUUAAUUUUGAGGACUUUUUGGACAACGCACGCACACUCGAGUACACAGGCGAUGAAGACUGGCGGACGAUGCUGGCGCUUCGAAUAUAUUUCACCCACCAGCCUCCCCGCAAAGAGAACAUGGGUGCAGGAGCCAAGUUAGUGUACGUUGCUCGCAACCCUUGGGACGUCUGCGUUUCCUUCUGCGACAUGGUGAAAGACCUAAACGUCUAUCGAUUCCAAGAUGGCACAUUCGAUGACUUCUUCGAAGGUUUCCUGGCGGGAGACUUCGGAUUCGGCAGCUACUUUGAGCACGUAGCUUCCGGAUACGCAUUGAAGGAUGAGCCGCAAGUCUUCUUCACUACGUUCGAGGAGCUCAAGAGGGACACCAGGGGAACCGUACUCCGUCUGGCGUAUUUCCUGGGAGAGCGCUACGGCAGAAGUUUGGAAGACGUGAGCAAUGGCAUGCUAGAUACAUUGCUUGAGAGAUGCUCGCCGCAGUUCAUGAAAGACGUCAUGGUCGUUCACUUGCAGAAUGCUAGAGAUACUGGGUGGUACACGCAGGCAGUGCGUAACCAAGUGAUUAGCACCAGAGGUUACCAGGGAGACAAAAACAAGUACACCAUCGUUAGAAGUGCCAAGGUAGGCAGUUGGAGGGAUACCUUCACGUCAGAGCAGCUACGUCGUUUAGAAGCAAAGAUCGUGGCCGAAGGCGAUAGAGCUUCCUUCAUGAGCCUGUGGGAAGACAUUCGACGGGAGGCCCUCACUCUUUCGGAGCAGCCUUGA